AUCCUAAGUGGGGCCCCCCAACACUCAAGGGAUUAAACCCCGGACAAGGAACAAAUUUUUCAUUUUUCUUUCCACAGCCUUUGCGUGAGAAAGGGCGGGGGGGAUGGGGGCCCAAUUUUGGUUUUUCACGGCGGAAAUACACCGUGGUGGUUGAGGGGAAAGGGUUUUUCGGCGGGGGGGUUUUUGGGGGGAGGCACACGGGAGGUGGAAAAUGGUAUAUGGGGGGGGCACCACGGGUGCUGGCGGCAUCCAUGGUGGGGGAGGCCCACAAGGGGGGCAUUAUUGGCGGAGGGCCUACAGGAGGGGGUGGAUUAUUGGGGAGGGGCCCUGGAGGAGGUGGUAUUUGGCGGAGGAGGCCCCCGGGGGGUGUAUUAUUGGCGGAGGGGGCAACUGGAGGAGGUGGUAUUAAUGGCGGAGGAAGCACUACUGGAGGAGGUGGUAUCACAGGAGUGGUGUAUCACAGAGGGGGGCGGCAUCAAUGGUGGAAUCAUCAGUGGAGGUGGCUCACCGCGGUGGAGGAAAGAGGUAAGAUUCAUCCUUAUAAUUACAGUUACUCCUACAAUUCAGUUGAUAGGUGGCAACCCACCAUGAGGCUUGUUGGGGCAAGUCUGGGGAAACCCCCAACAGACAAAUGGGGGCCUCCACAGUUGGGGCAGCGUUUGGUGGGAGUGGCCGAGUGGCGUGCACCCGGAGGACCACCCGAGGCUUAA